GUGAAGGUGAUGGGAAAGGCCAAUGGCAGCUCACUAGAGGGAUUUAUCCUGUUGGGUUUUUCUGAAUGGCCCUGGCUAGAGAUGAUUCUCUUUGGUUUUGUAUUAAUCUUCUACAUACUGACUCUCUUCGGCAAUAUAACAAUCAUUGUGUUGUCAAUUGCAGAUUCCCGACUACACACCCCUAUGUACUUUUUUUUAGGCAACCUUUCCUUUCUGGAUCUCUGCUUUACUACCAGCAUUGUCCCUCAGCUAUUGUGGAAUCUAUGGGGUCCCAAGAAGACUAUCAGCUAUCAUGGUUGUGUUUCUCAGCUUUAUAUUUACAUGGUAUUGGGUUCUACUGAAUGUGUACUCCUGUGUGUCAUGUCCUAUGACCGCUAUGUUGCUGUCUGCCGACCUUUGCACUAUACUAUUGUCAUGAAUCUGAGACUCUGCCUACAACUGAUGACUGUAUCCUGGGGUUGUGGUUUUCUUAACGCUUUUGUCAUGUGCCCCCAGACCAUGCAAUUGGCACGUUGUGGACACAAUAAGGUGAACCACUUUCUGUGUGAGAUGCCAGCCCUCAUUGCCAUGGCUUGUGAAGAUACUACCCUGGUUGAGGCCUUUGCCUUUGUUCUUGGUGUGAUCCUCCUCCUGAUGCCCCUAUCCCUGAUUCUGAUCUCCUAUGGCAUGAUUGCUGUGGCUGUGUUAAGGAUCAAAUCAGCAGAAGGGCGAAGGAAGGCUUUCAACACCUGCUCUUCCCAUCUUACAGUUGUUUCCCUCUUCUAUGGGACCAUCAUCUAUAUGUAUCUUCAACCAGCCAAUAGUUACUCCCAGUACCAGGGAAAGUUCCUUACCCUUUUCUACACUAUUGUAACCCCUAGCAUCAACCCACUUAUCUAUACUCUAAGGAACAAGGAUGUGAAAGGGGCAAUGAAAAAACUUCUGGGCUGGGAACAGGGAACAAGAGGAGUAGGAAGAUAA